ACCCAUUAAGGGUAGCACCGGAAAGUCAACUUAGCGGUCUUUGCUUCCCGGAAGCGGCAUUUCCACAGAAAACAAGAAAUGGCGACUCUGUCAGUGUGCCAGCCGCAGUACGGAGGUUUCAGUUUCGAAAAUUGUAAGAGGAAUGCCCUCUUAGAAGCUGAGAUUACUAAACUAGGAUGUAGCAUUCCCGCUGCUCGGAAAACUGGAACAACAAUCUGUGGUGUUGUGUUCAAGGAUGGCAUUGUUUUGGGUGCUGACACAAGGGCCACAGAAGGCAUGAUUGUGGCAGAUAAAAACUGCUCCAAGAUCCACUACAUUUCCCCUAACAUCUACUGCUGCGGUGCAGGCACAGCCGCGGACACCGAGAUGACUACGCAGCUCAUCUCCUCCAACCUGGAGCUGCACUCGCUCUCCACAGGCCGCCUGCCCCGCGUCGCCACCGCCAACCGCAUGCUCAAACAGAUGCUCUUCAGAUAUCAGGGCUACAUCGGGGCAGCUCUUGUGCUGGGUGGGGUGGACUGCAUGGGCCCUCACCUCUACUCCAUCUACCCCCACGGCUCAACUGACAAGCUUCCCUACGUCACCAUGGGCUCUGGCUCUCUGGCUGCUAUGGCUGUCUUUGAGGACCGCUACAUCCCCAACAUGGAGGAAGAUGAGGCCAAGCGUCUGGUCCGAGACGCCAUUGCAGCAGGUAUCUUCAACGACCUGGGCUCUGGCAGCAACAUUGACCUGUGUGUGAUCAAAAAGGACAAGGUGGAUUACCUGCGGCCCCACGACGAGGCCAACAAGAAGGGUGUCAGAGGGAAUGAGCUUGGGGCAAUGCCUGUAGCUGGGAACUACAAGUACAAGUGUGGCACGACCGCUGUCCUGACCAAAGCCAUGACCCCUCUGAAUCUGGAGGUGGUGGACGAGACUGUUCAGACCAUGGACACCUCCUGAAGACCCGGAGAACCCUGAAGGUGUUACACGUGUAACCUCCCUCAUACCUCCUAACCUCUCGUGCCUGAGAGGCUAGACUAGCAUGUGUUUUUUUUCCAUGGUUUACAAUAAAAUAAGUUGUGAGGAA